ACGAUCUUUGACUGUGCAGCUGCAGCAGCUGCAGACCGGUGCUCGCCGGGCCUACCAGUAUCGUGCGCCGCCCAGUCGCCCAACAGCCCCACCAUGGGUCACUUUCUGCCCGCCAUCCUGGCGGUGAUGGUGCUGGUCUCGUCCAUGGCCGGCGCCGAUGAAGAGGAGCUCGUCGACUCUCAGAAUAAGCCAAGUGGCGUGCAGGGCCCCUGCGAGGCCGCCACCUGCGCGACGCACUGCAAGCAGCAGAAGCACGCCGGCGGCCGCUGCGACGAGGAGACCUGCGUCUGCCAGGACUUCAAGAACAAGGGCCGCUGCGCCAUGCUGGGCUUCGGCUGCGGCGGCGGCGGCAUGGGCAACAUCGGCGUGGGCUGCUCCACCUGCGGUGGCGGCGGCGGCGUCCCCAUCAUGCCCGUGGUGCCCGUCAUGCCGCCCCUGAUGCCGGUGCUGCCGCCCAAGCCGCCCUGCGCCACCUGCAACAGCGGCUGCCCCAACGGCCUCUGCGGCCUCGGCGGCAUGUUCGGCAACUCCAACUCGUUCGUCAUCAACAGGGGAGACGGGGGAGGGAGUCGAAUGAACCCCUAAAGCGAGUGCCCGGCCGCCCUGUCGUCCUGCUGUGUGUUGCGCCCGGCGGCCGCUGUGGCAUUGCCAAGGCCGGCCGGUGGACCGACGGGCACCGGGGGGGCCAUCCUCCCGCUCCUCACUCCAUCCCCUCCGGGCCCCCCGCCCCUCCCUCCCUCCGUGCCUUUGACAUCUCCCCGAAAUCCUCUGCGCCACCCCCACCCCCUCCCCUCUCGCCCAGUCUGUUAUGGUGUUCGCGGGGCCUUAAUUGCCAAUGUCGAGUGGCGUCCAGGCUUCCGCCAUUGAGAGCCCGGCACGGCCCGGCGCGGGGGAGGAGGGGAAGGGGUGGGGUAAAUCACUCCCAAAGCGCAAAAGGGAAAGAGAGACAUGUUGGCAGCUAAUACAUCUUUUUAAAAAAACA